GGAGGGGUCUGCGCCGGUGCUAAUUGGCCUGGGCGGCAGCCCCGCCCGCGAGUGGCGGGCGGUCACGUGACGCGACGGCUGGGGGCUCCCGGCGCGGGGGACGCUGGUGGCCAAGAUGGCGGCAGAGCUGGUGGAGGCUAAAAACAUGGUGAUGAGUUUUCGAGUCUCCGACCUUCAGAUGCUCUUGGGUUUUGUUGGCCGGAGUAAAAGUGGACUGAAGCACGAACUCGUCACCAGGGCCCUGCAGCUGGUCCAGUUUGACUGUAGCCCCGAGCUGUUCAAGAAGAUCAAGGAGCUGUACGAGACCCGCUACGCCAAGAAGAACUCAGAACCUGUCCCUCAGCCCCACCGGCCUCUGGACCCCCUGACCAUGCACUCCACCUAUGACCGGGCUGGUGCGGUACCCAGGACUCCACUGUCAGGCCCCAAUAUUGACUAUCCCGUGCUCUACGGGAAGUACUUAAAUGGACUUGGACGGUUGCCUGCUAAGACCCUUAAACCAGAAGUCCGCCUGGUGAAACUGCCCUUCUUUAAUAUGCUGGAUGAAUUGCUGAAACCAACCGAGCUAGUCCCACAGAGUAAUGAGAAGCUUCAGGAGAGCCCAUGCAUCUUUGCCCUGACGCCCAGGCAGGUGGAGCUGAUCCGGAACUCCAGGGAGGCAGCCCUCCGCAGUGGCCCCACAGAUGUCCCUGUCUCCCCAGGGCCUGCGCCUCAGUCUCCCAGCUGGAGGUGGGGCAGCCCUGCCCAGAGAACUGCAGCCUGGAGUGAAAGCUGUGCAGGUCGUCCUGAGGCCUGCUGUCCAGCCCUCAUGAGUGUCCUCCCUGGAAGUAUUGCAAACACCCUCUCCCCCCGCCAGAGGCCCCACAGCCCCUCUUGUUGCAGAAUCUGUUACUCAGACACCAGCUGCCCCCAGGAAGACCAAUACCCGCCCAACAUCGCUGUGAAAGUCAACCACAGCUACUGCUCAGUCCCGGGCUACUACCCCUCAAACAAGCCUGGAGUGGAGCCCAAGAGACCCUGCCGCCCCAUCAACCUUACCCACCUCAUGUACCUAUCCUCUGCCACCAAUCGUAUCACCGUCACCUGGGGAAACUAUGGCAAGAGCUACUCAGUGGCCCUGUACCUGGUACGGCAGCUGACCUCGUCAGAGCUACUGCAGAGGUUGAAGACCAUCGGGGUGAAGCACCCAGAGCUUUGCAAGGCACUAGUCAAGGAGAAGCUGCGCCUUGACCCCGACAGUGAGAUUGCAACCACUGGCGUGCGGGUCUCCCUCAUCUGCCCGCUGGUGAAGAUGCGGCUCUCUGUGCCCUGCCGGGCAGAGACCUGCGCCCACCUGCAGUGCUUCGACGCAGUCUUCUACCUACAGAUGAAUGAGAAGAAGCCCACCUGGAUGUGCCCGGUAUGCGACAAGCCGGCACCAUAUGACCAGCUCAUCAUUGAUGGGCUCCUCUCGAAGAUCCUGAGCGAGUGUGAGGACGCUGAUGAGAUCGAGUACCUGGUAGAUGGCUCGUGGUGCCCGAUCCGUGCUGAGAAGGAGCGCAGCUGCAGCCCCCAGGGCCCCAUCCUUGUCCUGGGCACCUCGGAUGCCAGCGGUCUCCUGCCCGCCCCCAGCAUCAACGGGAACAGCACCAUGGGUGGCACAGGUGGUAGCAGUGGCUCAGUCAGUGGCACUGAGAACGGGAAGCCAGGAGCAGAUGUGGUGGACCUAACGCUGGACAGCUCAUCAUCCUCAGAGGAGGAGGAGGAGGAGGAAGAUGAAGAAGAAGAAGAGGAUGAGGAAGGCCCCCGGCCCAAGCGCCGCUGCCCCUUUCAGAAGGGCCUGGUGCCGGCCUGCUGACCGCCGGCUGUUGGACACUCAACUUUCCUGGUGCUCACCACAGAGGGGGCGCAGGCCGGCCUUGGUGCAGAGGGGAGGAGUGGUUUUUCUUUUUUUUUCUUUUUACUGUCGUUCAUUUUGUUUUUCCACCCCUUUCCCUGGCUCCUGGCACCUGUACCUCUGGACUCUCCUAUCUGGGGAUUAAAAAAAAGUAAAAUGACAAAAAAAAAAGGUACAAAAAA